CACAAACCCCGGGGGAAACUACACCAUAAGGAAAUAGCCUGCACGAGCAGAUGAGCGGACAUGACAUGGAUGGAUCCAACAGUCCAGCAGAGGAGGAGCAGGAUUUGAAUUACAGGCCGCCCCCUCUCCAUCUCCCAGCCCCCCAACACAGACGCUACAUUCAACAGAGGAAACGGAAAAGACGAAACAUACAAAAGGGUUUUUCAUUUCAAAACCCCGGGGCCGUGGAAAGAAUAGAGAGUUCCUUUUUAAUACCUAAACUUGUCCACAUUUGGCUUCAUUGUCAGACCGCAAACCCGGCCUUCCACCACCUUAUUUGCACUUUUUGUCCAUAUUUUCCCCAGCUGUUGGCAGCUGGCAGAAAGCACCCGCCCUGUUCGGGAAAAAGGGACCGAGAGUGACCGGAGGAUGAGAGAGAUGCCACCCCAACCUCCCCAGCUGCAGGUGAGGAAGAAUAUCCUAAAGUUCCUUAAAAGUUUUUUGGGAAUCAUCCGGAUCCUGCAGAUUUUGUUCGGAGCCGGGCUGUGGGUUACCAUCGCCGCAAACAAAUACGAGGGAUCCAUCCACUUCGUCCUGUUCGUUGCAGUCCUCUUCUGGCUGCUCACCCUCGCCCUUUUCUUCCUCACCCUGCUAGACAAGCAGGACCUGGUCCCGCUGCUGGGAGGGGAGCGCUGGUUGUCCACCAACCUGGCGCACGACGUGGCCGCCGCCGUGCUCUACCUGCCGGCCAUAGGUGUCUUGAUCUACAAGACGGAUCGCAACUCGUACUGCAACUUGGAGCAGUACAAGCUCCUCUGUCUGUACAAGGUCUACGUGACAGCCGCCGUGUUCGCCUGCCUGUGCUGCCUGGCUUACCUUCUGUCAGUUGUUUAUGGAGCGUGCAGGAAGUGUCGAGGAGAACAAACAGUCAUCUGAUGAGACGAAGGGGGCUUAUUGCAACAGGGAGAGGGAAUGGGUCCUUCAGGGGGUAUCCACAACAAGAUGAGGAAUAGUUAACUUCACUGUAAUUUAAAUCAACAGCUACUCUAAUCACAGGUUUGUCUCUAUUGUGUCCUUCUCCAAACUUUCCACUUCGGUGGUGAGGCAGAAUCAUCCCAAAAUCUCUCUGUCCAUGUAUUUAAUGGUUGCUGGCAUGAAAAUACCCAAGCAGCUCCUGGUACAGAGUCUGAUUGGAAAUGUGUUAGGAGGUCUGAAGCAUUGUGACAUGUGUCUCCCAGUUGUAGGUAAGACCAUGCCUCCAUCUUCUAAAUUAAUGUAAUUUUCCCUCAUAAAGAAUCAUUGUAUUCCUGUAGGUGCUACUUAUAGUGGGGUAUCAGUAUAUUCAGUGCUUACAAUACAAUGACCUUAACAUACAUUUGUAGAUUUGGGUUGGUACUGAGUAACUGUCCAUCCAAAACCUCUCAUAGGAUUUGUUUUCAAAAAGGAUUUUUCUCAUCACCUUUUUUUAAAGUAUAUAUUUUUAUGUGUUUUUUUUAUGACAGCAAACUAUACUGAACAGUUAGCAGUACGGACUAAAAACACUUUCUUGUCUGAUUCAAACGUUACAAACAGGUUCAUCAGUGCCUUCUGUCAGAAUGCUGUAUACUCAACACGGUUGUGUCAACAACAACCCAACAAUAUGGAUGUGAUUGGUGCUACAAUGUGUAUGCUGAACAAAAAUAUUCCAUAAGUGUUCAUUAUGUAAAGCCAAAGAAUAAAGACCAGUAAGUGAGA